ACAGGGCUGUGUUCCUGCAGAAAUAGCUAUUCGCACAAUCCUUCCAAUGUAAAUCUUCCAAUUGGAGGAGCGGAGAGUUGUUUCCAAAUACUGGUUGCUUCUCCUCGACAAUACAACUCUGUUUACAACAAGCAGCAUGGCACACAGAAAGUGGUUGAGGUAGGGGAGCCAUAGCAACAAAGAUCCAGUACUACUAACCUCUCUCUCUCUCUUCCUUGUCUCUUCAUUCUAUCCCCUCCUCGAAAUUAAUCACUCGAAAUUUUUUCGCGAGCUCCUCGAGUUGUGUUUCCUCGAAUCUGUUGCGCUUAUAUACCCUCGUUUUACCUGUCAUGAUCGUUGUUCUCUAGCCUCAACAAUAAUGCAUCUCAACCAGAUCGGACAAUUGUGCACAAUCCUUUCAUUUGCUAGUUGGCUAGAGCUAGGUUAUGGAUCAAGUAAGUUUGGCUUUAACCGAUCAUUCCUUCAUUUCUAACAGUUGAAAGGAUUUACCAGCGAAAGGAUAUAAUUCCCGGCUCCUCAUCAAUAUCAUCAUCUAGUUCAUCCAAGUCCAGCACAUCAAUUACAUCAACUACAAUAAACUCGACUAGUUCACAUAUCACACUCGGUUCAGCAUCUUCUACCCCAAUUCAAAUAACAACCGAAAGUCUUUUCCCAGCCAAAUCAUCGACGGGAUUGCCACCAUCUCAGUCCCUGUUAACCUCAACCGAGGUUAAAUCAUCUAGUUCUACCAAGCUUUCAGUAUCAAAUUCUACAACAAAUCACUCAGAAAGUCAUUCAGUGAGCUCAAGUUCGUCAGCAGCGGAACAAGUCAAGGCUUCCACUAGCGAAAGGAAAUCAGCUAUCUCGACAUCGCCUCCGAAGAGCCCACCCAAAAUCACGGAAAAUGCCACAAAAGUUUCAAAAACUGUGUCCAAAAGCUCAGAGAUCAAUUCCGCCAGUACAAGUAAUCCAAAGAGUGGUGCUACCGUCAAACACACGACAAAUAAAUCAGGUUCCACUUCAACAAAGUCCUCGUCAACAAAAGUCUCUGCCGGCGCCGGAAGUACAAUUACGACUGGUCCCAAGUAUGAUCCCAAUCUGAAGUGGGGUGUAUUUCCGUGGGGUAAUCAUCCAGCUUGGGGUUACUAUCCAUGGGGUAACUCAACCAUUCCUUCGAAUACUUGUUGGCAUGAAGAUUCUCGGGAUAAUCCAUGGUGGCCAGGAUGCACGAUGUGAGUAGCACUACAUUGGCAUACUCUUAUUAUUCUAAUAUUUCUCAAAAGAUCUGCCUGGAAAGUGAAAUUGAGCUACUUUCUCACGCCAUCGGGGACGAUCCAAUACCCCACAACAUACUUUGAGCCCAGAUUAAAGAUAACAAUGUAAGUCAGCCAUCAUUACCAGAGCCACGAUAGUCUAGAGUUUGAGUGUUUUCUUCGUUAAGUUCUUCGAGAUUUUCUGCAUAGAAACAAUAAGUGGUAGCAGACAUGUUUUUACUGUCCCCCCAUUUUCUAGCAACUCAAGUAAUUACCUUAGAUAUCUGAGGCACUUACUUUACUUAUACUAAAACAUUCUUUUAACUAAUUUACACUUCCAUAACAUAUAGAGGACAAACAAGAACAAUUCAAGGGACUGAGAAUAGUGCAGUUAUUAACUGCUAUAUUUCUUGCUUCCUGGAAGAGUGGGGUUCACGUGUUGAAAUGCUCUUUUCUUACUUCAUUACACUUUAACGAGAUUUUCUAAUAAUCACGAUAGGACAUCGCCAUCAAUCUAUAUUGUCUUAGAGACGGUAGCCGCUUCAAACAAAUGUGGACAACUAGGCCCGACAUUUACCCACUACCCUUUGGCAAUAAAUCCAGAAGAAGUCUCCACGCUCCAGCUAUUCGGUAAUGCCGACGACAAAAGUAUGAUAGGAGCCCCCCAAAGGUUGGACCUGAACGACAUAGCUACGGACUGUGAGAGGGCAGCUUUUGAAGGCAGGACCAUCACAAAUGGACCACAUUGGACGACACAUCCAUACGCACAUGACAAUUUCAACCGAUGUAGUCCUCGUAUCUCUUGGCCACCACAACUACAAUCUUUGGAGUAUAAAUAUUGGGAACAUUGCACGAGACUAAAUGACGAGAAUGGACUCUUUGAUCCUCCCGGAGCCGUCCCACCUUUAUCAUCUGGGGCAGGCCUUUUACCACCCCCAGCCCCAACACGGGCUGGCAGAAUAAUUCCUUCCUCAACACCUCCAGCGACGAUACAGAAUCCUGUGCCAGUUCAACUCUCAAAUACCUCUCAACCACAGCCGGUCGUGCCCCCUCCAACGGCGGUGGAAAACAGACCCGUGCAACAACCUACCCCGUCAGCUCAACCAAGUCAGCCUAGUCAGCCUAGUCAGCCUUCAAAUCCACUCGUUCCAGUAGUGCCGCCAAAUCAACCUUCAAGUCAAGCAGCACAAGUUGGCCAGCCUUCGAAACCUGCCUCUCUGCCGAUGAAUCAGGGCAACGAUAUUCGAAAAGGACCUGGACCCACUUCAACAUCUCCAAUAACCUCAGCAUCUGCAAUACCCUCGAAUGUACCUCAGGAGCCUCCGGUAAGCGUCGUCGCUAUCGUUGGAGGUAAUACAAUCAGCGCUAAAGUAGAUUCGCCUAAUAUCAUUCUGCCAGAUGGUUCGACAGCCAACGUAGGCUCAUUGGCUACGAUCACAAACUCAGAUAAAAACAAAUCACCAAUUUUAGUUUCUGUUGCCCCAUCUGGAAUCUAUGUUGUGAGCGUUGGUGAUGGCAGUACGGCAAGCCAAUUUUAUCCGAAUCCUGUCGUUGUAAAUUCAGGGGCGCCAACACCUUUAGCGAAUCCCGAAGUUCCGAAUCAGCCGUCAAAAUCAAUUGCAACUGUUGCCGGAGAGGUUAUCAAUAUGAUCCCGGGCGCUUCGACAGUCGUUAUCAAGGGUCAUACUAUCAGUUCCGGGGGAUUGCCUGUGGCGAUUGCAGGAAAUGAGAUUUUGGCUACUUUGGGAAGCUCAGGAUUGAUCGUUCAAAGUGCUGGUGGAGCAGUUUCAACCUAUCCCAUUCCUACGCCUGUUGCGCCCUUUCAGCCUGCAGUUACCACACCUUCAAUAAUAGGGACCGUGAAUGGGAAUGUGAUUACCGCUGCUCCUGGAGGGAGUUUGGUUAUUAUUGGAAGCGAAACGUUGAAAAUCGGUGGUUCUCCCAUCACCUUAUCAGGCGAAGAGGUGAUAAGUCUUGCACCUAGUGGAAUAAUAGUGCAAGAACCAGGUGGUGGUGUGAAAACACUUCCACUUCCACCUGUACCAACUCCAACUUCUGAUAGUGCAUUGAUGAAUGCGGAAUUAAUUGCUUCCAGUGAGUUGAACCAAAAUCCCAUACCAGCAGACACUCUAACAUGAACUUUAAUCAUCGGCCUGACAAAAGCUGGCGCUGAAAUUAUCCCUUCAAUAACAACUCUACAGGCAUCGCAGCCGUCAGUCAUACCAAGCCUCUCUUCAUCAUCCCCGGCACUCUUGGCUUCUUCGUUGCCAUCGUCAAUUGCAAGUCAAGUCGCUUCCCCAGAGUCUACAAGUCAGGAAAGCUCCUCACAGCUCGCCACAAGUCCUUCUGGCUCAAGUUCUUCUGGCUCAAGUUCUCGACCAAUUUCGACAUCCAUCGUCGCUAGUAGCGCUAGCGGUUCCGGUUCCCAAGUCUCACCGACUGUAGCGACGUUGAACAACGGUCAAGCUGCGGCGUCUACUCCUGCGAAACGUUCGGCAUCGAGUAUAUUCUUCUCCUGUGGCUUAAUGGUAGUUAAAAGCGCGGUCUUUGGAGUCGCGAUGGUUUUGAUGUAGAUUUUAAUUGUGCUACUAAUUAUUAAUAAAUCUUUAAUCUUUACUUUCUGUC